AUGGUCGCCAGACUACGUCCGAGUGCCAAGUAUCUCAAUUCGCCCCUUGGUCUUCAGUUUACUCCGACUGCUCGUUCGCACGCGCGACACUUCCGCUCUUCGACACGCGGGUGCGGUUCUUCCGAGCAGACAAGAACAUACGGACAUGAUCCACGCCUGGAAAGCUUAGGAAAGGUUAUCAAGGAUGAAUAUGCGGUGGUUCGCGAUAGCUAUGAUACCCCCAAGCAUCCCAUCGUCCUCGCACAUGGCUUGCUAGGGUUCGAUGAGCUGCGUCUAGCUGGUCCCUAUCUUCCUGGAGUCCAGUACUGGCGGGGUAUCAAGGAGGCACUUUCGAUGAAAGGCGUCCAAGUCAUUACGGCCACAGUGCCUCCGUCGGGGUCUAUUGAAAUGCGCGCAGAGGAGCUGGCGAGAGAUAUUUCUGUCGGCGCGCGGGGGAAGGAUGUCAAUAUUAUAGCUGGUCUGGAUUCUCGGCACAUGAUCAGUCAUCUGAAACCAAAGGAUUUCAAUGUUAAAUCCUUGACGACCAUCGCAACUCCGCACAGAGGCUCGUCGGUUGCAGACUAUGUAAUGAAGCAGAUCGGAGAUGACCGCCUGGCCCAAUUAUAUUACGCCCUGGGCCUAAUGAAAGUCGAGACGGGAGCGUUCUCCCAAUUGACGCGAGAAUACAUGGAGGAAACAUUCAACCCUGCCACGCCCGAUGUGGACGACGUGCGAUACUUCUCCUACGGGGCGUCGAUGCAGCCAAGUUUUUGGUCGGUCUUCCGCCUGUCCCAUCGCAUUCUCGAGCAAAUCGAAGGAUUUAACGACGGGCUAGUCAGCGUGGCUAGUAGCCGGUGGGGAGGAGAGGCGGGCUACAAGGGGACCCUCCUGGACGUGAGCCACUUGGACUUGAUCAACUGGAGCAAUCGAUUGAAGUGGCUGGCUGGGGAGAUUACCGGAAACCGGCGAAGGUUCAACGCCAUUGCACUCUACCUGGAUAUUGCAGACAUGCUGGCGAAGGAGGGCCUCUGA